AUGUCGGCUCUGGUCCAUGACUCCCCAGACCGAGCCGUCACGGCCAUCGAGCCUCUGACAGGAAGCGACAACUUCGCUACCUGGAAACGUCUCAUGACCUCCUACCUCAAAGCGAGACAGGUCUGGGACGUGGUGUCGGGCGACCUCCAGCGUCCUGACUGCCUGUUCAAGUACGCCAAACCUAUUACGGCGGACAUCCACCCCUUGGUGGAGCCCCACCUCAGCGGGGCGGUGAGGCAGCGCGCCAUCGACGCGCGCCUCGAAGUGGAGGUCCAGGCGUUCGAGCGCCACCGUGAAUGGUCGCGCCGCGAAGCCGAGGCCUACCAUACUAUCUUCCGUUACUUGUCCCCCCACAUCAGCAUUCAUGUCGCGGGACUCGAAACAUCUCGCGACCUCUGGAAUGAACUUGAAGAACGGUAUCGGCGGAUGGAACUCGCCACGUUCUGCGAGCUGUUCGCCCAGUUGCGUGAGACCACAGGCGAGCGCUGUGGCAGUGCACGCGAGUUUGUCGAUCGUGUACGGAUGUUAGUACACCGGUUGAAUGCUAUCGUCCCCGGAUCAAUCGGCGACCGGACGCACAUUGCGAUUCUGUUGACUCAGAUCGGACCAGAAUACAUCUUGAUUGUAGAUGCGAUCCAAAAUGACAAAGAUCCAGUCAACCCGACCACGAUCGGAAACCGUCUGGCAAAUGCAGAACAGACGGUGCAGCGGAAGGACGCCGCAACGCUCCCGCAUGGAGCGUCUGGCGCAUCGAAUAGCCCUUCAAUCAAUACCGUGCAGAAGAAUACCAAAAAGUGUAACUACUGCAAGAAGCGCGGCCAUGUGGUCGCGCAGUGCUGGAAGAAACAGCGAGAAGAACAGCCGUCCAGGGACCAUGCCCUGAAGGCCGAACGGAGUGUUUCCGGCUCACCAAGAAGCAAUUUGCGAAGUAUACCAUCAAGCCAGGUGGAAGAACGGCAGGGCCCGCCGACUUCCAAGAGACCGCGGAUCAAUGUUGUGAGGGCGAGGGUGACGACUCUCUAUACCCACGCACCGUCACCCCGGUGGAUCCUGGACUCGGCUGCCACCAGCCACAUCUGCUGGGACCGGAGCUGCUUCAGCAGUCUGCGGCCCCAUCGCGAGAUGUUGGACACGGCGGGCGAUCCAGUGGAAGCCGAAGGGAUUGGGACGGUGAAGCUCACGCUCCGGGGGAAGUUCAACCAACCCCUGGUGCUCAAGAACGUAUACUUCGCGCCACGCGUCGGGAUGAACCUGAUCAGUGUGCCGAAGUUGCUAAGAGACCGCUACUCGGUGGUAGCGCACCCGCAGAACGUCUUUGUGCAACGCCGAGGACGAACGGUGGGGACCGCCUACCAUGCGGAGGAGGAUCUGUUGAUCCUGCGGUGCCAUGUGAGCAAGAGAUCUCGAGAACGAGUCCAACUGGCGAGGGCGCCGACGACCUAUGGCCAUGCAGAUUCCCUGGAACCGCAGGCGGUGGCCAUGGACGUCGACAGCCGUGAAGAGUCAAGUGGCGUAGGAUGCGCAUCGCCAACCUCUGAACUCGGUGGUGAAGCUGUGAUACUCGAAGCAGAUGCGGGCAAAGGAGUGGACCAGGCCUCCGAAGCGCUAUGGCACGCUCGGAUGGGACAUCUGAACCGGGGCGACUUGAGGGUGGUCCUCCGGCAGACCGGCACUCCGUACCGACCGCUGACGCAGGCGCAACUGCAGGCAACGCCGCGUUGCCCGGCGUGCAUGUCGGGUAAGCAGCAUCAGAAGAGGAACUCCCGUGCAAGGCGGCCACGUCUGCAUUCAACGAGAAUUUUUGAAUUGAUCCACUCGGACAUCAUGGAGAUGCCGAUUGCCAAAGAUGGCAGCAGGUACGUGAUCACCUUUACUGACGAUUAUUCUCGGGGCUCAUGGGCCUAUGCCAUGAGAUGGAAACAUGAAGCGCUGCAGAAGUUCCGACAGUUUGAGGCCUGGGUGCACCGACAAUUUGGGGCCCAGAUUAGAAGAUUUCUUACCGACAAUGGAAGAGAAUAUCUGCCGGUCGGAACACACCUCGAACGCCAGGGAGUUGAGUUUGACACCUCGCCGCCAUACUGCAAAGGGCAGAAUGGGCUGGCCGAACGAACGAACCGCACUAUCCGGGAGCGGAUCAACACGCUCCUGUCCGAUGCAAACCUUCCUCCUUCCUGGUGGGUCGAACUUAUAGAUACGGUAGUCUAUCUGAAGCUGCGCGCGCCAGCAUCAAUUCUGCGAAAAAGGACACCGUAUGAAGUGAUUUAUGGGAAGCCGCCCUCGCUCUUGCAUCUACGCCGGAUCGGCUCUCGUGCCUGGGUGUUGAUCCCAAAAGAGCAUCGAGCCAAACUCGGACCGAGGUCGUCCGAGUGCCGACUGCUAGGUUAUUGUGAACCCAACCAGUACAAGCUGUACGAAAUCCACUCAGGAAAGACAAUAUUCUCCCGUGAUGUCGAGUUCGAUGAGAGGACCCCCGUGGCGCCACUCAUCGAGGGGGAAACAGGCAACGACCUCCCGGACAACGCUCCUCCAUCAUCUGUCUUUCCACCAAUGCCAAGUUCAGCCAGCGAGCUGCCAACACCUCCUGCGUCGCCAUUACCUCGGUCGAAUGAACGAGAGAAGCCGCCAUCUGAGCGCGAGGAUGAGACACCUCCAGUGAUCAAUCCAAGCCAACAGGAAACCGACUUGACAUCGGAUCUUGGGUAUUCGAUGUAUGGUCGCAGACGAAGACCAUCACGGCGUCUCCUGGAAUCGCUGGGGAAGGUGUACUCGGCAGGCGCAUUGAAUACUGCACCGGCCAGACAAGCCGACCCGGCAACCUUCCGCGAAGCUGUGUCAGGCCCAGACCAGCUAAUCUGGUGGGCCGCCAUCCAGAAAGAAUAUGCGUCGCUUCUCGAACACGGAACAUGGGAAAAGGUUCGGCGGGAGGACAUCCCCGCUGGGGAUCAUGUGAUUGGGUGCAAAUGGGUCUUCAAGACCAAAACCAACGGAACGCGCAAAGCGCGACUGGUCAUCAAAGGCUACCGGCAGAAACAUGGCAUCGAUUAUCACGAAACGUUUGCGGCUGUGUCGCGCAUGGACUCGGUCCGCUGCAUCGUCGCCAGCGCCGUGUUGCGCGGAUGGAAACUCCACCAAUUCGAUGCGGUUACCGCAUUUCUCCAUGGAGACGUCGAUUCGUCUAUCUAUAUGGAGUUGCCCGAAGGCUUUGAAGAACCAGGGUACGUGUGUCGGCUGCGCCGUUCACUGUAUGGGCUGAAGCAGGCCCCGCGGAUUUGGUACCAAUGCGUCCACCGCGUCCUGGCUUCUCAGGGCUUCACUAUGGCCCAAUCGGACAACUGUGUUUUCUGGAAAGCGGACUGCGUCGUUUGCGUUUAUGUCGAUGACUUUCUAGUUGCUGCGGCAAAUACGCACGAAAUUGAACAAGUACAACGAGCCUUACAAACCGAGUUCCGAUUGAACGAUCUGGGCAUCCCUCGUUCGUUCCUCGGGAUCGAGUUUGACUAUCACGUUGAUGGGUCCGUGUCUAUUCACCAACAUCAGUACAUCCAGAAGGUGCUCUCCGACUUUGGCAUGGAGAGUUGUCAGCCGAAGUCUACGCCGAUGAAUCCUAAGCAAAGCCUGAAUACUCGCCCAGAGGAGGAACCUCCGGAUGAAGAAGCAAAAGCUCGCUAUGCAACUGCUAUCGGCUCGCUCAUGUAUUUGAUGGUUGGCACGCGACCGGAUAUUGCGUUUGCGCUCGGAAUGUUGAGUCGCUUCACAUCCCGGCCGCAAUCGCAUCACCAGGCCGCACUUCAGCGACUGCUUCGCUACAUCAAAGCCACGCAAUCUCACCGUAUCACCUACCGAAAUGGUCAAUUGAUCGGAUACACUGACGCCGACUUCGGUGGCUCCGUCGUCACGGAUGGAGCAUACUCCACGUCUGGCUACGUGUUCCAACUGGCGGGAGCGCCGGUUUCCUGGUCGUCCAAACGUCAGGGGGAAGUGGCCACGUCCACGACUCAUGCCGAAUACAUUGGCCAAUACAAUGCCAUUUUACAUCUACAGUGGCUCCGCACCUUUCUAGGAGAAACAAAUCUGUAUCGGUCUCCGGUCACUAAUAUCAUGGCUGACAAUCAAUCCGCUAUUGCGCUCUCCCGCAAUCCCGAAUUUCACAAACGGACCAAACACUUCAAUGUCAAGUUCCAUUAUCAGCGGUCGGUGCUGAAUGCAGGAGAAAUUGACCUGCAGUAUGUUCCCACUGAGGAGCAGGCCGCGGAUGGUCUCACCAAGCCAUUAGGGCCAACGUCCUUUGCCAAGUUCUGUAGUCUUUUAGGAAUCGACGCUUCGGAGAUUCCAAGGCAACGUGCAUGA